AGGCUCUGCAAUCGUUCGUAGAGAUCGUCGCUUUGCCCAGGCGGUUGUGUAGAUCCAACUGGAGGUCAGGCCCAAACCAUGGCGGAAAAGACUCAAAAAAGUGUGAAGAUUGCACCUGGAGCAGUUGUGUGUGUAGAGAGUGAAAUCAAGGGUGAUGUAACUAUAGGACCCAGGACAGUGAUCCACCCUAAAGCACGCAUCAUCGCGGAAGCCGGGCCCAUAGUGAUCGGCGAGGGUAACCUAAUAGAAGAACAGGCGCUCAUCAUAAAUGCUCACCCUGAAAAUAUCACUCCUGAUGCUGAAGAUCCAGAGCCCAAACCUAUGGUCAUUGGCACCAAUAAUGUGUUUGAGGUUGGCUGCUAUUCCCAAGCCAUGAAAAUAGGAGAUAAUAAUGUUAUUGAAUCAAAAGCGUAUGUAGGCAGAAACGUAAUAUUGACAAGUGGUUGCAUCAUCGGGGCCUGCUGCAACCUGAACACGUUUGAAGUCAUCCCUGAGAACACAGUGAUUUAUGGUGCAGACUGCCUUCGUCGGGUGCAGACUGAGCGACCACAGCCCCAGACACUACAGCUGGAUUUCCUGAUGAAAAUCUUGCCAAACUACCAUCACCUAAAGAAGACUAUGAAAGGAAGCUCAACUCCAGUUAAGAACUAAGAACAAUAUAUGACAUCAAGAUAACAUUUGUCUUUGACCACUGUCUUUUGAAAGAGCCACAGUGUUUAUGCACUCUUAGCAGUCCACAAAAUAAUAUGUGUUGACUUUAUCUUGUAAAAUUGAGUUAGAGAGGAAAGAAAUGGGUUUUCAUUGUAACUGUCCUCUAUAAUUUAUAUAAAAUGUAUUAUUUUCUGA